AUGAGUUCCUCGCCGUCGGCUUCAGAAGGGUCCAGCGCGUCGCCCGUAAAUAGGGACGCUCAACGAGAUAGAAGGUUUGGAAAGAAUGGCGCAAAGCGAGGGAAAUUACGGAAUGGAACAUUCGUAUUACCUAGUACAGGAGAACGAGUUCGCAGACAAAUUACACUGCGAGGUCCCUCAGGAUUUGACGGACCGGUGCGAUCACAUCCACAUGAAGAAGGUUUGGGCUUGGGUCUAAAUUUAACGGGAGAAAACACAAACGUAUUCCAAAGAGGUUGGAAAAAUUGUGUUGAAUCCUCAAAGGAAUUUGCACAAUGGAUAAAAACACCUACUGGAAAGGGAAUUCUGAAAUGCUCAUUAGCAUACACACUUGGGAGUAUGGCGACUUUCUCACCGCACUUGGCCAACUUUUUGGGGCAACAAGAUGGGAAACAUAUGGUUGCUACGAUCACGGUAUACUUUCACCCAGCGAGAUCAUCGGGUUCCAUGAUUGAAGCCGCAAUACUGGGUAUAUCGGCAUUCCUAUACGCGGUCUUCAUAUCAGUGUCGAGCAUGGCGGUCUCGGUGUACUGCGAAACUCAAUUGGGCCUCAUAGAACUUGGUUAUACCCUUAUUCUCAUAGUGUUCUGUGGGGGUGGUCUAGGAUUCAUCGGCUGGUUCAAGCAGGCCUACAAUGCUCCAUUGGUUAGUGUUGCUUGUAGUCUGGCAAGUUUGGCGAUCAUUACGGUCCUCACAAAAGAGAAUGCGGUGCAAGUGGGUGUUUUUUCAAAUGAUAAAAUUGUACAGGUCAUGAAGAUGGUUAUUAUGGGGAUGGUUUCAACGUCAAUCGUCAGCUUAUUGGCAUGGCCGAUAUCUGCUCGAGCAGAGCUUCGAGAAAGCAUGAUCAAGACCACAGACUCAUUUGGGGAUAUGCUUACUAUGAUUACUCGAGGAUUCCUUAGUGGUUCUGAAACUGAUUUGCGCUCGACCUCCUUUGAUCGAGCUCAAAAGCAAUACAAAUCGGUCUUUACUCAGCUCACAAAGAAUUUAAAGGAGGCGAAACUGGAACAUUACAUUCUAGGCACUGAAAACGAAUAUGCAAUUGAAGCGAGGCUUGUUGGUUGCAUGCAAACACUUGCCCAAUCCAUUGGAGGAUUACGGAGUGCUGCAAUGACACAAUUUUCGUUGCUUCAAGAACCUCCAUUAGGCAGCGCAACACCAACGGGCUCACAUGGCUUCCCGUCUUAUCAAACAAAUUCCCUCAGUCGACCCAUCAGCAGCAAAUCAGAUCGUUUUGCAGUUCUUGGAGCCAUUGAGGAAGCAUCGGAAGAAGGCAGUGAUCUCGAUGCCAUUUCAGAGAGACCUAAGUUUCUCACUCGCCAAGGUACCGAAACCACUUUGUCGAGUAUAGUUAUGCCUACGGUUCGAUCUCCAUCAGAAAUUUUUGGACGAUUUAUUCUUCAUCUUGGCCCGUCAAUGAAGUCGCUCGCAUAUACGCUCUCGCAAAUCCUAGAAGAGCUACCAUUUGCCGAAGGGCCUGAAUACCGUAUUACUAUAAAUGAACAUUUCCGAUCAAGUCUGACAGAAGCAUUAAAACUUUACAGCAACGCAAGAGCUCAAGCACUGAAGGAACUUUAUAAAUCUAAAGAACUUGAUAGAACCCGUCCUGAAAGUAUUGAAGCUGAUUUCGAAGAAGUGGCUGCAAGCUGCGGUCAUUUUAGUUUCAAUCUUCAAGAUUUUGCAAGCGAGAUGCAAAACUAUUUGGCAAUCCUAGAAGAAUUGAAAGAGGAAGUAGAGAGUUCAAAACAUCGCUCGUGGAAAUGGCUCAUGUUUUGGCGAAAGUCUAAUCGUCAAUCCAAAGCAGAUGCUAUCGAUGAUGAAGAGCAGGAACAGCUUAUUGCGAGGGAUGUAGGCACUGAAUUGCCCAAAGACAUUCCUGAUCCUUUACGCACCAGGCUUGGAUAUAGAAAAGUUGAAAUCACUUCUAGAGUGAACUCAGAAACUAAGGGAGGUAUUAUACGACGUAAGGCAAUGUGCAUGGUUCGAUUUCUGGACCGUGACGAUAUUCGAUUUGCCGUAAAAGUUGGCCUCGGAGCUGCUCUUUAUGCUCUAUUUGCUUUCAUACCCGGCACAAGACCAACAUAUCAGCAUUAUAGAGGAGAAUGGGGACUUUUGUCUUACAUGUUAGUGUGUAGUAUGACAAUUGGAGCAUCCAACACUACUGGUUGGGCUCGUUUCAUUGGUACUUUCAUCGGCGCCGUAAUCGCAUGUGUGGUUUGGGUUAUUUGUGCCGGUAAUCCUUACGCAUUAGCUUUCUGUGGAUGGCUUGUCAGUUUGCCGUGUUUCUAUAUUAUCAUUGCAAAAGGUAAUGGCCCCUUCGGUCGCUUUAUUAUGCUUACCUACAACCUUUCUUGCUUGUACGCGUAUUCUUUAUCAGUUAAAGAUUCCGAUCACGAUGACGACGAAGGCGGUGUCAGACCAAUCAUCACCGAAAUCGCAUUUCAUAGAGUUGUUGCGGUUCUUGCAGGUUGUAUUUGGGGUUUGAUCAUCACAAGAAUUGUAUGGCCGAUUUCAGCAAGACAAAAAUUCAAAGAAGGUUUGUCGCUUCUGUGGUUGCGAAUGGGUCUUGUCUGGAAAAGAGAUCCUCUAUCAACAAUUGUAGAAGGCGAGUCUCAAUAUGCAUACAUGAACUUGAGAGAAGAAUUCGAAUUUCAAAGGUAUAUAUUCGUACUUGACAAACUUCGAAGCUCAGCCACAAGCGAAUUCGAACUUCGAGGUCCAUUCCCAUCUGCUACCUAUGGGCGCAUAGUCGAAGCUACGACUAAAAUGCUGGAUGCUUUUCAUGCCAUGAAUGUAGUCAUCCAAAAGAAUGCUGAAGCUAGUGAGGGUGAAGCUUUAUUAUUGAAAUUCACGGAAGACGAAAGAGCGCAGCUUUGUGCGAGAAUUAGCCAUUUGUUUCAAGUCAUGGCCUCCUCGAUGAAACUCGAGUACCCUCUCUUAACAGACGGCCUUCCCAGCACGGCUCAUUCACGCGAUCGCCUCUUAGCAAAGAUUUUCCAAUAUAGAAAAAACAUGUCCAUUAGUAACCGUCGUAGUAAUGAGGACGAACCCACGCAAGUAAACGAUGAGGAUGAUGGAUUAUCAAGCUCUGGUGGAUUGGAGUUGCAAGGGGCCGGGGUGCAGAGAAGAUCAAGUCAGGGAAUCACAGUGAAAGAUGAGGAUUAUGAAAUCUUGUAUGCUUUCAUAUUGGUAACGGGACAAUUGGCAGAGGAAAUUGGAAAGGUGCAAAGGGAAGUAGAGGUGUUGUUUGGAGUGUUGGAUGAGGGGGUAUUAGAGUUGAGGUAG